GCUGAAGACUAUGAAGCCUUUUCAAGUCAAAAUCCCGCACCGGUGCUCGUCGACUUCUCAUCUGAACCUCUACCACUGGUCUGUCGGAAAGAUGUUCCCUGAGAAGAUCUUGUCUGCGGAGUUCUCAACCGACUACUGCACAGCUACAGUAGAGGCUUUCGGGGUGUUUGCUGUCCUCAAUGGCCAGCCUUCGACCCCGGAUGUCCUGUAUGCGAAGCUCGACGUGGGGGACUUGUACAGAGACAACAUAGGAAAGCUCGUCACCAAGGUUCACUUCGGAAAGACCUUCUCCGGGAGAGUCUUGCUGGUGCCACGAGGUUCAGCUUGCAGCACUGCAGUGCCCUGCAUGUCUUUCCUCCCGAGGUUUCUGGUCCGGAAUGGAUCGACAGUGGACAAGAUAGAGCUGGAACCGCUCAAGAAGCUCAAGGGCUACACCCUCAACAGCUGGUCCAACCGACAGGCCUACAUCGGCCGCAUGUUCAUCAUCAACUUCUCCUUCAUCGUACAGGCAGUUGCUGGGAUCCACGCGCCGACCCGUCUGCCCAUGGUCGACUGCAAAGUGAUUCUGUUCAGCUCCAGAGGACAGGAGCUCUUGACGUUUGAGAACGGGAACGAGAUCCGCAUCCAGGUGACGACGACCGACCUGAAGAUCUAUGUCAGCUUCGAGGAGAGGCUAGCUCCCAUGAGCUACACCUGCACCCUCCAGGGACGAGAGUCUCUGCGCGACAUCCGCGUGUGGGUCGCCAAGUGCAUUGGAGGGAACGAGAUCGAGCCUCUCGCACUGUCCAGGUUCUCCAACUUGAGGUUCGUGUCAGCCGACCGCUCAGACUACUUGUCCCUGUCGGAUGAAUGCUUCGAGCACGCGUCCGCGCACCUCCCCGAGGUUCGCCUGCAGGCACUGACAAAGCUGGACGUGCGGUACGGGAGCGAAGGCGACGUGGUGGACAUGCUGCAAGACGUGUUCAUGAGGACUCGGCAGGCUCCUCUGCCUAAAGAGAUCAGCCAGAGGAGUCUGCCGAGCCUGAAAUCCAAGUCUGGGUUGUCGCAACAGUUAACGUUAGGGAGGAAGAUGCCUCUUCUAGGAUGUCCUACUAGUGACGACUGGACGCAACCUUCUGUUGACUCCCUGGCACGGUACAAGGAGUUGAGUAAGGAGUUGGAUCGGCAUGGGGGAGCACAUCUGGAUAAACGAGCAAGGAAUCUAGAGGGGACGGUAGCGAACGAAUCUAAAUGGUUGAGAAGUGGUUUCCUUACUUCAAGAGAAGAGUCGUCGAGGAGAACCAGACUACCAAGGCUUCCUUUAGACCAAGUGCAUUCACUUCGCAAUAGAAGCCGGUUAGAUGGAUUCUUUACGUCUCGUUGAGAAGGUUUCAAACCAAUAAACUUCAUGCACAGUC